AUGCGUUUCAUUACUGCUGCCGUUGUUUCUGCCAGCCUGGCUCUUGGCCAGCAAGACUUGAGCUUGAAGAGCUCAUGCGACGAUUUGAUUAACGCGGGACCGUUGAGUCCGAGUCUGCCUUCCACUGUCCCUUGGAAACUACAGGCACGUGAGUGCACUUCUCAGCCCGAGAAUUGCCGCACUCCUCUGGCCAUUCAAGAAAACAGGAUUCGGGCGGGAAAGCCUCUGCCUCACAAGACUGAUGAUGCCGACGCUUUCUGGGGCCAAUUUGGAUAUGGCAAUGUCGAGAUGCGCCCGUACAAAGGGGUUGUCCUUGAGAAAUACAACUGCUCUCUGCUUAAAGGUUUUGUUUGUGGGCUGGGAUUUGACGGCCAGUACUGCAAACUCAUGUUUGCGCAGAAAGCAGGCUGCGAAAGUUAUGAUCAGUAUAACAGUUCCCCGGAACACUCUUCCAAGUGUAAGGAGAUUUCGGAGAAGUUUGAGGACAAUUUGGAACGUGAGCAUUUUGUAAUGCAAUGUUCUGGAGCAUCUGCCCAGCCUGUCGUGACUUGGUCUCAGUAG